CCCGGAGACGCAUUACCGCAGUUUCUCCAAGUCGAGAACUCGCACACAAUCUUCAGGAGGGACUGCAGAAGCCAAGGAUGUUGAGAGACGCAAGCUCUCUCAGAAACGAAGAACACUGGGGGAAGCAAAGAGCCGGGAACGUGGAGGAACGUUGCUUUCUAGAAACAACCCUUGAGCAGAAGCCUUGAGCAGGAACUAAAAGUCCUGAAGAGAAGCAGCUAAUUGCCCAGUUUAUCGAGUUUUCGUUUGCCAGUGUAAAUCAAAAUAGGUGCCUAUGGUUUCUUCAGCUGAAAAAACGGCAUAUUUACUGUCCAUGUGAAAAUCUGAAACACUUUCCAAACUCAUCAAGAUUGAAUCCAGCCAGGUGACUUCUUGGAUUUUUUUUUCCUGCACUUUUGUUGCUUUGAGACAGUCUUGACAUAGUGACCUCAAACUCAUCAUUUUUCUGCUUCCAUUGGGACAGCGGAGUGCCUGGAUUGCUAGAUUCUUGCCCUUGCAGUUAUCCAUAGGUGGCCAUCUGUCCCCAUGGCCAACAUACACCAGCGGCCAGACAAUUCUACAUAAACGAAAGCCCUGUUCAGAGGACCGACGGAGUCGAACCAACCCCAGACCAAGAGUACAAGAUCCAUGGAGUGCUAGUGACAUCUCAGCCCACCAUCCUCUGCAGUAGCUGGCAGCAGCAGCCCCUGGGCACUUCCAAGCCCAGGUACCUGGAGCAACUAGAGAACUACCUGCGCAAGGAGCUCCUCCUGCUGGACCUGGGCACAGAUUCUGCACAAGAGCUGAGGCUGCAGCCCACCAAAGGGAGAAAAUUCGGGCCCUGGAGCCCCUGAAGGCCAAGAUUGUCACUAUGAAUGAGGACUGCAGUGAGAGGAUCCUGGCCAUGAGGGCUGAAGAGAGGUAUGAAAUCUCCUCGCUCAAGAAAGAGAAGAUGAAUUUGCUAAAACUCAUUGAUAAAAAGAAUGAAGAGAAGAUCUCAUUGCAGAGUGAGGUGACUAAGUUGAGGAAGAGCUUGGCUGCAGAGUACCUUCGCUACCUUACUGAGCGAGAUGCCCGCAAGAUUCUCAUUGGGGACCUGAAUGAGCUGCGAUACCAGCGAGAAGACAUGUCACUAGCCCAGUCCCCAGGUGUUUGGGGAGAGGAUCCUGUGAAGCUAACACUGGCACUGAAGAUGACUCGACAAGACCUGACCCGCACUCAGAUGGAACUCAACACCAUGAAAGCCAACUUUGGAGAUGUGGUACCCAGGAGGGACUUUGAAAUGCAGGAGAAGACCAACAUGGAUCUUCAAGAGCAGCUGGAAAGCCUGAGAGCUGACUAUGAAGAGGUGCGAAAGGAGCAUGAGAUGCUGCUGCAGCUGCACAUGAGCACUCUGAAGGAGCGGGACCAGUUCCAUUUUGAGCUGCAGGAGAUUCAGCGCACGUCCACACCGCGACCUGACUGGACCAAAUGCGAAGGUAUCAUAGUAGGGGGCCCAGAACGCUGGCUAAUGCUGGCUGAAGGAAAGAACAGUGACCAGCUGGUGGAUGUGCUGCUGGAGGAGAUUGGCAGCGGUCUGCUUCGCGAGAAAGACUUCUUCCCUGGGCUGGGCUUUGGGGAAUCUGUCCCUUCUUUCCUUCGCUUUGAUGGCUCUGUGGAGAAUAAGAAGCCAAGCAAGAAGGAGGUGGUAAAUCUUCUUGAGGAUGCCUGGAAGGAACGUCUUGCAGAGGAGCAGAAGGAAUCAUUCCAAGAUUUCUUCUUCAACUUUCUGGAGCGACGGUUUGGGAUCAGUGAUGCCAUAGCCUGGGCUUACACCAUUUUUGAAAAUAUCAAGCUCUUUCGCUCUAGUGAAAUCAUGAGUCAGUUCUAUGCAGUGUUGAUGGGAAAGAUGACUGAGAGUGUAUAUAUCAACCAAAGGGAGACGCUGUCCCAUCUGCUGAAGGAGAUGACAAACGUUGACACUCAGAACGAGGGGUUAAUAACCAUGGAGCAAUUCAGCACCAUCAUCAAGAACACCUUUCCUCUCAAAAAGGAAGAGCAAAUCCAGGAGCUAAUGGAUGCAGCAGGCUGGGGUCCAGACAGCAGCAGUGUAGAAGUGUUCAACUACCAAAUAUUGUUUACCGAGGAUGAGGAGGGACAGAGUGAGCCAUUUGUGCAGAAACUGUGGGAACAGUACAACAGUGAAAAGGAAGCAUACUUACAAGAAUUGAAGCAGGAUCUGGGCCUAGAUCUCCAGGAUGAGGUGACCCUAUUGAAGGUGCGUGGGGCCCUGAUGAACAACGAUCCCAGCCUGGACAAGCAGACACUGAGUGCCUACCUGAGUCAGGCCUUUCAGAUCCCUGUGGCAGAACUGCCAUUGGAAGAUGAAGAGAAGCAGGAGGAAAUUGUGGUAAAACUUGAGACUGUACUUGAACAGCUUCGGAUGGCAGACACCAAACGUGUAGGACCUCGAGAGCCAGAACCAGCAAGCUAGAACCUCCACAGACAACUUAAGCACCUGAUGAUGCUGAACUUCCAGUAUAAAAUUCUUUAUCUAAAUUUAUAUUUUCCAGGCUGUGCUGGAAAGUCAAGUGUUGGGGUAUGGGGGAAGAUGAUCUGGGCAGACCCUAAGACAUGCACACAAAACAGAA